GUACUUCGUUCGAAACGCACGUGCAAUAGAGAAAAGCGGCUCGGAGCAUCUCAGAGUUAGUGUGUUACCUCGUGAAAAGAAUCAGGACGUCGUUGUGGGUAUAAUUUCUAAAAAGUGUGCACGCGUGUUAUUGUGAAUAAUAAGAACGUGUUAGUUUCUAGAUUCGUGUGAAAAUUUCAAAGAGAUUGUCAGAGAAAGAUGACAUUGGGCGCACAAAUUGAGACCUCUACUGAAAAUGGGAGUAUGAAAAUUCCUCUGCUAAAUGGUAAUGAAAAUCGAACGAAUACUGAUAUGAAGGAAACUAUAGAGGAAACCGGAAGUACGAGUACAGCUGCGAAAAAUGUUGUUGAAAAAGGUGAAGUUGAAGCAACAAAAGAAAAAGGAAAUGAAAAAGAAAAAGAGAAGGAAAAAGAAGAAGACAAAAACAAAAAGAAUGAUAAGAGCGAGAAAGAAGAUGGUGAUAAAGAUGCUGGAACUGAGCAAGAAAUUGUUUUCAUUCAAGAUAUGGGAUUUACCGUUAAAAUCGUUAGUCCAGGAGCUGAACCCUUUGAUAUUCAAGUCUCUAGUAUGGAGCUAAUUCAGGAGAUCCAUCAAUUGCUCAUGGAUCGCGAAGAUACUUGUCAUCGUACAUGUUUCUCUCUUCAACUUGAUGGUAAUACAUUGGAUAACUUUGCUGAAUUGAAAAAUAUCGAAGGCCUAAAAGAAGGCUCGGUGAUUAAAGUCGUAGAGGAACCAUAUACAAUGAGAGAAGCUCGUAUACAUGUUCGACAUGUUCGAGAUUUAUUGAAGUCUGUAGAUCCUGCAGAUGCCUACAACGGUGUUGAAUGUAGCAGUUUAUCAUUUUUAAACGUGGUUACCAAUGGUGAUAUCCUCGAGAAAAAAAAGAGUAGAGCAGACUCAGUUGAUUGUACCCCACCUGAUUAUAUUAUACCUGGCUGUAAAGAUAGACCAUUGCUACCUUUACAACCACAAGCCAAAGAACAAAAAUGUCCUCCUUGUUUAAAAGUAUUAACAACGUCCGGAUGGAAUCCACCGCCCGGUCACAGGAAACUUCAUGGUGAUUUAUUAUAUUUACAUGUGGUAACAUUAGAAGACAAACAAUAUUAUUUGACUGCGUGUGCGAGAGGUUUCUUUCUCAAUCAAUCGACAAAAGAAGUAUUUAAUCCGAAACCAGCGACUCCAAGUCAUCUCUGUCAUAGUUUAAUUGAAUUACUAAAUCAGCUCAGUCCGGCAUUUAAACGAGGUUUUGCUGCUAUGCAAAGACGAAGAACACAAAGACAUCCAUUUGAACGAGUAGCAACACCUUAUCAGCUGUAUGCAUGGUGUGCUCCUCAAAUUGAACAUACAAUUGAUGCAAUACGGGCUGAAGAUACUUUCUCUUCUAAAUUGGGAUAUGAGGAACAUAUUCCUGGCCAAACUCGAGACUGGAACGAGGAAUUGCAGACAACAAGAGAGUUACCUCGAAAAAACUUACCUGAAAGACUGCUCAGAGAACGUGCUAUUUUUAAAGUACACAGUGAUUUUGUUGCUGCUGCUACUCGAGGAGCAGUAGCUGUGAUAGAUGGUAAUGUAAUGGCAAUAAAUCCUGGUGAGGAAGCGAAGAUGCAGAUGUUUAUUUGGAACAAUAUUUUCUUCUCUCUUGGAUUUGAUGUCAGGGAUCAUUAUAAAGAACUCGGCGGUGAUGCAGCUGCUUUCGUUGCGCCUAAAAACGACUUACAAGGUCUUAGAGUAUAUGCUGCUAUUGAUCUACCUGGUCCCUAUACAUUGGGUACCGUUGUAAUCGAUUACAGAGGAUAUCGUGUCACCGCUCAGUCUAUCAUCCCUGGAAUCUUGGAACGCGAGCAGGAGCAAUCUGUUGUUUAUGGUUCUAUAGAUUUUGGGAAAACAGUACUCACACAUCCAAAAUAUCUUGAAUUGUUAAACAAAACCGGUCAAUUAUUAAAAAUUCUUCCUCAUAAAGUUAUCAACGAUGCUGGGGAGGAAGUUGAACUCUGCAGCAGUGUAGAAUGCAAAGGUAUAAUCGGUAAUGAUUCUCGGCAUUAUGUGUUGGAUUUGUUACGAACUUUUCCUCCUGAUGUCAAUUUCCUUAAAUUGGAAGGAGUUGAAUUAAGCAAAGAAGCAAGAGCUUUAGGAUUUCCAAUUGAACACAAACAUAAACUUGCUUGUCUUCGUCAAGAAUUGAUUGAUUCUUUUGUCGAGGCUAGAUAUGUGCAAUUUAUUAAACAUGCCGCAUUUCAUCUACAGCAACUUACAUCUGCAAGAAGAGUGCAGAAAGAAAGUGAAACUGUUUCUGUUAGGGAAGGUAAAAGAGAAGAAUUAAAUACUGUUGCAAUGGAUAGUAACAAAGAAGAUUCUACUCAUACUUUAAUCGAAACAGACGAAGCUAAAAAAAUUGUGGAGAGCAUUACUGAUUCUAUUACUGGUGGAGAAAAACAAGAAUUGGAAGAAAGUACAAAAGAAAUAGUACGCAGAGCUGCAGCAGCAGUUGGUAGUUUGCGUGAAGCUGAAUUUGAUGUCAGAUUUAAUCCCGACGUAUUUUCUCCAGGUGUUAAACAUCCAGAUCCAAAUGGUCCUGCUUUAAAAAAACAAAAGCAAUUGGUGAUAGAUGCUGCUGAUUUCUUACUUACUGUACAAAUUCCUACUUUUAUUCGAGAAUGUUUAGAUCAUACAGCUGCUGCAAUGGAUGGUAGCAUAUUGGUAGAAGCUUUACAUGGUAAAGGUAUCAAUGUAAGAUAUCUUGGUAAAUUAGCAACUAUGUUAUCUACUGUUCCACAAUUGCAAUAUCUUAAACGUAUUGCUGUUUCGGAACUUAUUUUACGUUCAGCAAAACAUAUUUUUACAUUUUAUAUGCAGGGUACAGAAUUGAUGAGUUUAUCUGCAGCGAUUAGUCAUUUUUUAAAUUGUUUAUUUUCUUCUGCACAAAUUAUUCAUCCACAACAAAAUCUGGAAGAGCUUCAAAGUAAAACUGCGAAACGGCGCAAUAAAAGAAAAGGUAGAAAUAAUGGUCCACAACAAUCUGAAGUAGAAUGGGCUUCCUUGACACCUAAAUCUCUUUGGCAACAAAUUAAAGCAGAUUUGAAAAGUUAUUAUGAUUGGGAAACACCAUGUCCAGAAUCGUUAGAUGCCACAAUAGAACAUUUUCAUCUCCAGAAAAUUUCAUUACUUCGUAAUUUUUGUAUAAAGACUGGUAUCCAAAUUUUAUUACGUGAAUAUAAUUUCGAAAAUAAAAAUAGAGCUACGUUUUUCGAAGAAGAUAUACUCAAUAUAUUCCCUGUUGUGAAGCAUAUCAAUCCUAGAGCUAGCGAUGCAUAUAAUUUUUAUACAACCGGCCAAAGUAAGAUUCAACAAGGUUAUUUGAAAGAUGGAUACGAAUUAAUUAGUGAGGCACUUAAUUUAUUAAAUAACGUUUAUGGUGCUAUGCAUCCUGAAAUUGCACAAUGUCUCAGAAUGCUUGCGCGAUUAAAUUACAUAAUGGGUGAUCAUGGAGAAGCUCUUGCAACACAACAAAAAGCAGUUCUUAUGUCAGAAAGAGUUAAUGGUAUAGAUCACCCAUAUACUAUUACUGAAUAUAUCCGUCUUGCUCUAUAUUCUUUUGCCAAUGGUCAAGUUUCUGUGUCGCUCAGGUUAUUGUACAGAGCACGUUAUUUAGCAUUAUUAGUUUGUGGUGAAGAUCAUCCAGAAGUAGCACUUCUUGAUAGUAAUAUUUCUUUGAUACUUCAUGCUGUUGGAGAAUAUGAAUUGUCGCUCCGUUUUUUGGAACACGCUUUAGCUUUAAAUUUACGAUAUCACGGGCCACGAUCUUUGAAAGUUGCUGUUUCUUAUCACCUUGUUGCGAGAACUCAAUCUUGUAUGGGUGAUUUUCGAGCAGCUUUAAAUAAUGAGAAAGAAACUUAUGCUAUUUAUAAACAACAAUUAGGCGAAGAUCAUGAAAAAACUAAAGAAAGUAGUGAUUGUUUAAGACAUCUAACACAACAGGCCGUGGUUUUACAGAAAAAAAUGAAUGAAAUAUAUACUGGAAAAUCCGGUGUUAGUUUACCACCAAUUCAAGUACAACCGCCCAGUAUGGGAUCUGUGCUUGAUAUGUUGAACGUGAUUAAUGGUAUUCUUUUUGUUCAAAUUAGUCAACAAGAUAUUGAAAAUUUUAAAGCGGAAAUAGAAAAACGACAGAAAGAACAAACACCUGAUAGAGAAACGAAGAUGCUUCAAAAUGGAAACAAGAAAAAUGAAAAGGAAAAUAAGAAAGAAGAAAAAGAUAAUAAUAAAAAAGAAGAAAAAGAAAAUAAAAAGAACGAAAAAGAAAGUAAAAAAGAAGAUAAAGAGAAUAAGAAAGAUGAGAAAGAAAAUAAAAAAAUAGAAAAGAAAGUGGAAACACAGAAAGAAUUAAAAAAAUUAGAAGAAAAUAAGACAACGUUAGAAUCAGUAGUUGCAGAAAGCUGA